GUCGGAGCUUCACUGUGCGACACUAGACGGAAGUAGAAAUGGCGCUAGUGGCGUUAGCAUAGUUAGCUUCCAUUCUGCUUGGAUCCAGAGUUGAGAAACAUCUUCAGGAGGUCCAGAGAUCCGAACCGGACCCGGAACCAUCACAGGAACCCCAUACAGAACCGGCAUGGAGCGCAAUACCGACCCGACUGUGAGCUAGAACCGGAACCAGAGGUCCGGAGGGUCGGAGGGCUCGGAUACUUUAUGUGAAAACCUGAAGCUGGACCCAGAACCGGUUUUAGUCCCACGGUUUUCUGGAAGUUUCGAACAGAUCUUGGAUCAGUUUCAGGUGUGUGCAGGUGGAGGUGUGGCAUCCUGCAGGCCACGCCCACUCAGCCCCUCCCACCACCACAGGCGUGUUUUCAGCAGCAGGUAAAAGAGUAGCACUCAGGUUAUCACCAUGACGACGUUAAAACUCUCACAGGCCAACGAUCGACAUCAACAUGAGAAAAUCUGAUCAUCCAUACAGGCUGAUCUGAUGAUUAAUUAUUGAUUAACUGAUUAAUCACUGGAUGGAAAGAAUUUGUACAGAAUCUCCAACCAGGUGAAGCUAAAGCCGAACUAGAGGAGUUCUGCUAGAACAGAUUUACAGACUAAGAAGGUUUUUAUCUUAAAUGUUUAUAUUAUUUUUAAUAACAUUUUUAGAAUCUGUUUCCUGCAGUUAAUCGAUUAUUAGGUUUCCAGAACCGUUAAAGUAUUUUAUGGUUCUGAAAUUACAUUUUUUCACACUCCAUUCUUUUCCCUGGAUAAAAGAAGAUCAAAUGUUUUAUUUUAAAGCUCAGCUCAACUUUUAACUUGUUUUAUAUUGAAAUGAACAAUAACAACAGCAGCAAAGUUCAUCUGACUCGGGUCGCCUGGGAGGUUCUGGUUCUGGUAUCGGCUGCAGUGGCACUGGGUCCAUUCCUCCCUCUGCUGAUAGACAAACCUUUUGUCCUUUGAGGUUCUGAUGAAGACUCCAGAUAAUGUUCUGGACCCGAUAGUGAAACCCUGAAGAACCCGAGUAGAGCCGGUAGUGUUCUGGCGGGUCGUUGGUUCUGGUCCGAUGGUUUCCUUGAUCUCUUCUUGUGUCUGUGUUUGUUUCACGUCCAAACUCCAUUUUAUUGUUGCAGAAACUCUGGGUGGAACGGUACCAACAGAACUUUUCAGUACUCCUCCUGGGGUCCGGUUCCUCGCAGCCCGGUGCGUUCGAGUGCAACUAGUCAAUGUUUUAAAACACUUUAAAUAUGGCCGCCGUCGUCCUCUUCAGCAAUAUUAACCGUUACUAAAUAAUGUAAUCAAAUAACUAAAUCAAACCUGAUGAAAAUAUUAGAAAAUCAGUUUUAUUGGCAGAACAGUUUAAAAUCCUUCAUUCCUUUGCUGAAUAAAGUCAAUAAACCAUUUAGUGACACCAGUAAUGAGUUUUAGAGGCUCGACUGGCUGAACAUGUUGGUUUAAUGUGUUUAUAACUAUAUUUAAUACUUGGCUCUGUAUCUCUAUUGUCUUUACUGCCUGGAUUGUUUUUAAUGCAUUUUCCACAUCUUAUUUUUUCCUUUUAAAUCAAAUCUGCUGGGUUGAAACACAAAACUCCACAAAAAGUUUAUUCUAAUAGCUUUUAUUCCACAACAAAUGAUUAAAAAACUGCAAAUAUUUCAACAUUUUACUGAUUUCCAAAUACAUGUUUGCUGAAAUCUCUUGAAUUUCUUCUUGUGUUCUUCAUCUCCUCAGACGUCCAGCAAAUAUUUUCUGUAGAAUCGAGAGGUUUUUCUUUUACAAAGAGAAGAAAUCAUUCAGAACCAGAAGAAGCAAAACUCUGCCCUGAUGGAAGAACAGAAGGAUCCAGAUGGUCCAAAUAUAAAGCAGGAACAGGAGGAACUGCUGGAUAAACAGCUGAAAAAUGACCAACAUGCUGAAGAUCUGCAGAUUAAAGAGGAAGUGGACGAAUACUGCACCAGCCAGGACGAAGUUCGCCUGGUUCUGAAGGAGGAGACGGACACAUUGGGGAUGAAUACUGCUCCUGAACAGAGAAACAACAGGGAACCAGAACCAAUCAGGGACCGACUCCAGAACGCGCGACUGGCUGAAAACCAGCAACAGGAAGGGAAGAAGGAAGAAUCAGGAUUCUGUAAACAUCCACAACCAAGGUCGAAUAAGAGCUGUCAGAAAUCCAGAGUUCAAAGUGACGAUGCACACGGUUCCAAACGUAGAAGGCGGAGCAGAUCUCUGAGCCAAACAGAAAAAAGUUUGUUUUCCUGUAAAGUGUGUGGCAAGAGUUUCUCCCAGAGUAGCCAUCUGAACAACCACAUGAGAUCGCACGCAAGUAAGAAACAAUACCCCUGUGAGGUCUGCGGUAAGUUUUUAAAUGACAAAGGUAGCUUAACGGUUCACAUGAGAACCCACACAGGUGAGAAGCCUUUCACAUGUCCCACCUGUGGGAAAAGUUUUGGUGCGAGGAGCAGCUUCAUUGCUCAUGUAAGAACUCACACAGGUGAGAAGCCAUUUCCCUGUCCAAGCUGUGAGAAAAGUUUCAUUGUAAAAAGUCAUCUAAUCACACACAUGAGAAUUCACACAGGUGAGAAACCUUUCCAGUGUCUCACCUGUGGAAAACGGUUUGGCGCUAAAAGCAAUUUAAACACUCACAUGCGAACACACACGGGUGAGAAACCUUUUGCAUGUGUGAGCUGUGGGAAAAGUUUCAGUGUAAGGAGUCACCUGAUCACUCAUCUGAGAACACACACGGGUGAGAAGCCAUACUCCUGUCCAUACUGUGGCAGAAGCUUCAGUCUGCGAAGUCAUUUAAAUGUUCACAUGAGCACACAUACAGGAGAGAAACCUUUUCCAUGUGUGGCAUGUGGAAAAAGCUUCAGAGUGAGAAGCAGUUUGACAAUUCACAUGAGAACGCACACGGAUGAGAAGCUGCACAUCUGUGAUGUGUGCUGUAAAGGUUUCACUCAGAGCAGCCGUCUGGCUUCUCACAUGAGGAUCCACACAGGGGAGAGGCCGUUCCCAUGUCCCACAUGUGGAAAAAGUUUCAGUGCCAAAACAUAUCUGAAUACACACAUGAGGACACACACAGAUGAGAAGUCCUAUCUGUGUGUGAUCUGUGGGAACAGCUUCAGUCGAAAAAGCAACUUGAACAGACACAUGAGGACGCACACGGGCGAGAAACCCUAUGAUUGUGAAGUAUGUGGGAAAUCCUUUGGAUGUAGCGGUAGCUUGACCGUCCAUAUGAGAUCUCACACAGGUGAGAAACCAUUCCCAUGUGUCACCUGUGGAAAAAGCUUUAGUGUAAGAAGUUACCUGGUUAUUCACAUGCGAACCCACACAGGUGAGAAGCCUUUCCCAUGUGUCACCUGUCGGAAGAGCUUCCUUUUACGGAGUCAUUUGACUCGUCACAUGAGAGUUCACACCGGCGAGAAGCCGUUCCCAUGUUCGACCUGUGGGAAAGGUUUCAGUGUGAGAUGUCACAUGAUGGCUCACAUGAGAACUCACAAACAGGAGAAAGGUCUUUCUGACACAUGGCCUGUGGGAAACGUCUCCAAGGAGUUGAGAUGACUCCGCUAGAGCCCAGCAUACCCUACCUGGGGAGACAGGUAAGCGGCUGUGGCUUUAACCAAUGAGAGACAAGAGCUUUGUCUGCUAAAACAUUGAACUUUGUGAGAGUUGUGUUAAACUGGGAAUCAUUAAAGUUGAUGUAUGUUGCUGUGUGAUUUCUGUGAAGAAUUUCUAAAGCAAGGAUUUGACCUCAGUGUGUUUGUCGUUCAGUGACAAAUGUGCUGCUUGUGUAGAUUUUGUGAUGUUUAUCUGAAUCACGUUUGUCCUUUAAGAGUCUGGGUCAGUAAUGUUUAAGGUUUAUGUUCUGCACAGCCUUUCCCCUGUUUUCUAACAGUUUAUUAGCACCGAAUGUCAGGUUUCAAUCAAUCUGAAGCCUUUUCUUGCCUCAAAACAUUUUUUCCCUCAAACAUUGUAACCAUGACCUGGCUUCACAACACAACAGGUACAAAACAUCAGAGAAAGACAAUAUUACUGGUUAAUAAGUCUAACUAAAUGUUGGCACCUCUGAGCAGUUUGGGGUUCCCUUCACAACGGCUUCAUGAAUUGGUCUUAUCCACAGUCUGUGAUUGGUUCCGGCUUUGCAGGCUCACACUUCCAUUAAUGGCUAAUAGCGGAGAUCAUUUUUCAUUUUGCACUUUGGCUAACUUUGAAAACACUUAGCGCACUUAGCUUCCACUAAGUACAUUUUUCCAGAUAAAAUCCAAAGCACUCAUUUAUUUUGCUGUUUGUAAACUUUCAGCUUAAUAAAGUUUAUCAUCUGUGUUGAAGUUUUGUUUAUCAAGUAUUUGGAGUUCUCUAAGUAGAUGUUUGUAUUUAUGCUCUUAUUUUGAAGGAGUGCUGUUUUCAAUGCAAGUCUGUUUCCUCUUGCUUUCUUUAUUUCUCAACCUUUUUUUUUCAGAACAUGGACAGAAGAGAAAUUAAAUUGGUGCUUUAGGGUUGUUUCAUUUCAGAGGAAAUAUCAUUUGAAUUGAAGUUAGCGCUUUUGCAUGAACUUCCUCCAAAUACUGUGUUGCUGUAGCAGUUAGCAUCAGUGGACCUGUUUAUGGAGAGUGCUGUAGGAUUAGCGCAGCUAGCUUUUCGGUUAGCGAUGUCCAACACUGAGCGACUUUCUGUGAGCUUCAGUUACAAAAUCUGGAGAAGUGGGUUCAUAGUUCAGCACCAGGGAGGGGAACCUUCAUAUUGAGUUAUUUCAUGUUUUUAUGAAUACAUGAACAUUUUUCCUUUUUUAUUGUAAAUGUUGAUGAAGGUUCUGCAUUUCUGAGCUAAACAUGAGAGUUUGUUCCUUCAAAUAAGGUUGAGGAAGAUGAGAACCAACAAUAAAACAUGAAGGUAAACAAUG